AUGAUGAAAUUCAAGGUGGCCGGCCUAGUGGCCGACCUGAUGCCAAACAUCAGGUUGAUCCAAGUGUCGGGGCAUUUUAUGUUCAACUACCAUGCUGACAAUUCUGGAGCGCUUCAUACGCUAAGGUUGGCCUACUCCUGCAUGCACCUAGUUCUUUGCUUGGUUCAGUUUGGAUGCAUAUUUGGUAACUUGGUGGUUGAAAAGGAUGAUGUGAAUGAUCUAGCAGCUAAUACAAUAACCAUUCUAUUUUUUACACAUUGUAUAACAAAGCUAAUUUAUUUUGCUGUUAGGUCAAAACUGUUUUAUAGAUGCUUAGGAAUAUGGAAUCAAGCGAACAGUCAUCCAUUAUUUGUAGAGUCAAACAACAGGUUCCACGCCUUAGCUCUAAAGAAGAUGAGAACCUUGUUGUACUGCGUUUGUGCGACAACCAUUGUAUCUGCGGCAGCGUGGACCGGAGUAACUUUUGUGGGGGACAGUGUACACAACAUACCGGAUCCUGACAACGAGAACGAGACUAUAACAGAAGAGAUCCCCAGGUUACCCGUCAGGUCAUGGUAUCCAUGGGAUGCAAUGUCUGGGAUGCCGUACUACAUUUCCUUAGUAUUCCAGAUUUACUACGUAUUCUUCUCUAUGGCUCAUUCAAAUCUCCUAGAUAGUCUGUUUUGCUCAUGGCUGAUUUUCGCUUGCGAGCAAUUACAGCAUUUGAAAGAAAUAAUGAAACCAUUGAUGGAACUAUCCGCAUCAUUGGAUACCUAUGUGCCCAAGAGUGCAGAUUUGUUCAGAGCACCAAGCGCAACUUCUCAAGAUAAUAUGAUAGAAAAUGUAGACUACAAUGCUAAAAACGAGGAGCUGAACCUGAAAGGCGUCUACAACGCCAGGCAGGAGCUGGGCGGUCACUUCCGGAGCGGAGCUCUUCAAACAUUCGGUCAAGGAGGCGGAGGAGUGGGUCCAAACGGUCUUAGCAAGAAACAAGAACUUAUGGUGAGAUCAGCGAUAAAGUACUGGGUAGAAAGGCAUAAGCACGUUGUGAGGCUUGUAACUGCCAUUGGUGAUGCUUACGGUGUAGCUUUACUGCUUCACAUGUUAACUGCAACUGUGAUGUUGACGCUGCUUGCGUACCAAGCUACCAAGAUCGACGGUGUCAACAAAUAUGCAGCAAGUGUUAUUGGUUACUUAGUGUACUCCUUAGCCCAAGUGUUCCACUUUUGUAUAUUUGGCAAUAGGCUUAUAGAAGAGAGCUCUUCAGUUAUGGAAGCAGCCUACAGCUGCCAUUGGUACGAUGGUUCCGAGGAGGCCAAAACGUUUGUACAGAUUGUCUGUCAGCAAUGCCAGAAAGCCAUGUCGAUAUCUGGAGCCAAGUUUUUCACAAUUUCUUUGGAUCUGUUCGCAUCGGUACUGGGUGCUACCGUAACCUAUUUCAUGGUGUUGGUGCAACUCAAAUAAAUUUCUUUCCUAAUGAAGGAGUUGCACUUCCUGCAAAUAUCUUUGCUGAUGUGAUGAAGGUGUAGGAAUAAUCAAAGUGUGUACCUGAUAUUUGAAGAAUAUGGUUGUACGUUGUAAUGAUAGGAAGCAUACGAUAUAAAUAUAUAUAAACAUGUAAAUAUAACUAUUGUAUAUGGUAUCUACUGCACAUACUCUACUGUGGCACGUGCACGGUCUCAUGUAAAGUAAAACC